CUGCAGAGAAGCGCCGAAACAAAGAGUUCGACGAGGAGAGGGACUCUGAUUUCUCUCUCGUAGUUUUAAUUGAAUCCAAUUCAACAAGUAAAAGGAAAGGAGGACGAAAAGCAAAAGUUGGGGUUUUUAAUCUUUCGAGGAGCAUCUCCUCCUCGAGUUUUCUUUCUUCUCGAUGAGAGAUCGUGGCGGAUUUUAGGGUUUCUGUUUGAUCUUCACCGGCCAUUGAUUCACUUGGGUUUCUUCUUUUUUCUUUAAGAUGAUGCUUUCGUUGCAGAGCGAUGCGCGGCAGCCGCAGCCGCAGCAGACCCCGCAGCAGCAGCUGCAGCUGGUGGGACCGAGUGGGUUUCCAAGAGUUCCGUUCAACGCCGAUCGUGAUGAUUUGUUUAGUUUGCAGCCGGAAUCGUCGGUGAAUUUCAAGCUGUCGCAGCAGGCUGCUGAAACUCAUGAAGUUGAUGAAGACAUGCUAUUGGCCCUUGCUCAUCAGAAGUACAAGGCUGGCAACUAUAAACAGGCACUGGAACACAGCAAUGCUGUGUAUGAGCGAAACCCACGACGAACAGAUAAUCUUCUCCUUUUGGGUGCAAUUCACUAUCAGUUGCAUGAUUUUGAUAUGUGCAUUGCAAAAAAUGAAGAAGCUCUUCGGAUUGAGCCGCAUUUUGCCGAGUGUUUUGGGAAUAUGGCAAAUGCUUGGAAGGAGAAGGGCAACAUUGAUCUUGCAAUCCGCUAUUAUUUAAUUGCUAUUGAGCUUCGCCCAAACUUCUGUGAUGCAUGGUCAAACUUGGCUAGUGCUUACAUGAGGAAAGGAAGACUUAAUGAGGCAGCCCAGUGUUGUCGCCAGGCUCUUGCAUUAAAUCCUCGCUUGGUUGAUGCACACAGUAAUCUUGGGAAUCUGAUGAAAGCGCAAGGGUUAGUCCAAGAAGCUUACAAUUGUUAUCUUGAGGCUCUCCGCAUACAACCAACUUUUGCUAUUGCAUGGUCAAAUCUUGCUGGCCUUUUCAUGGAGGCAGGAGAUCUUAACAGGGCCCUUCAGUAUUAUAAGGAAGCUGUUAGGCUGAAGCCAUCGUUUGCUGACGCUUACCUUAACCUAGGAAAUGUUUACAAGGCCUUGGGAAUGCCUCAAGAGGCUAUUAUGUGUUAUCAGCGUUCUCUUCAGGCGAGACCAGACUAUGCAAUGGCUUUUGGCAAUCUUGCUAGCUUAUAUUAUGAGCAAGGUCAGUUGGAUUUGGCAAUUCUCCAUUACAAGCAAGCCCUCACAUGUGAUUCUGGAUUCCUGGAGGCAUACAAUAAUUUGGGUAAUGCACUGAAAGAUGCUGGCAGAGUUGAUGAAGCAACUCAUUGCUAUCGUGCAUGCCUUUCUCUACAACCUAAUCAUCCACAAGCUCUUACCAACCUUGGCAACAUAUAUAUGGAAUUGAACAUGAUGAAUGCUGCUGCUCAAUGUUACAAGGCAACAUUGUCUGUUACAACGGGACUUUCUGCUCCUUACAGCAAUUUAGCAAUAAUAUAUAAACAACAGGGAAACUAUGUGGAUGCUAUAUCUUGCUACAAUGAAGUUCUUCGGAUAGAUCCUCUAGCUGCUGAUGGGCUUGUAAACAGGGGCAACACAUACAAGGAGAUUGGUAGAGUUAGUGAAGCAAUCCAAGAUUACAUAAGAGCUGUUACCAUUCGGCCAACUAUGGCUGAAGCGCAUGCAAAUCUGGCUUCAGCCUAUAAGGAUAGUGGACAUGUGGAAGCAGCUAUAAAGAGCUACAAGCAGGCAUUACUUCUAAGACCUGAUUUUCCAGAAGCUACUUGUAACCUUUUACACACAUUGCAGUGUGUUUGUGAUUGGGAGGACCGCGAGAAAAAGUUCAUUGAAGUGGAAGGGAUUAUUAGAAGGCAAAUAAAGAUGUCUGUUCUUCCAAGUGUACAGCCUUUCCAUGCGAUUGCAUAUCCAAUUGAUCCAAUGCUUGCAUUGGAAAUCAGUCGUAAGUAUGCAGCACAUUGUUCCCUGAUUGCAUCUCGUUAUGGACUUCCUCCCUUUAGCCAUUCCCCUCCAGUACCUAUAAAGAGUGAUGGUAGAAAUGGGCGAUUAAGGGUUGGAUAUGUGAGCAGUGACUUUGGUAACCACCCACUGUCACAUCUUAUGGGCUCUGUAUUUGGCAUGCACAAUAGAGAAAAUGUUGAGGUGUUCUGUUAUGCCUUGAGCCAGAAUGAUGGGACUGAAUGGAGGCAACGUAUCCAGUCUGAAGCUGAGCACUUUGUUGAUGUGUCUGCCAUGUCAUCUGAUAUGAUUGCAAGGCUGAUUAACGAGGAUAAAAUACAUAUUCUAGUUAACCUUAAUGGUUAUACCAAGGGUGCAAGGAAUGAAAUCUUUGCAAUGCAACCUGCACCUAUCCAGGUUUCAUACAUGGGUUUCCCUGGAACAACAGGUGCAACUUACAUAGAUUAUUUGGUCACAGAUGAGUUUGUUUCACCUACCCGUUUUGCACAUAUUUAUUCUGAGAAGCUUGUCCAUCUUCCUCAUUGUUACUUUGUAAAUGAUUAUAAACAAAAAAAUCGUGAUGUUUUGGAUCCAAUUUGCCGGCACAAGCGGUCAGAUUAUGGAUUACCUGAAGACAAAUUCAUAUUUGCAUGCUUCAAUCAGCUAUACAAAAUGGACCCUGAGAUCUUUGAUACAUGGUGCAACAUUUUGAGGCGUGUUCCCAACAGUGCUCUCUGGCUUCUUAGAUUCCCAGCUGCAGGCGAGAUGAGGCUUCGAGCAUAUGCCGCUUCCAAGGGGGUUCUGCCAGACCAGAUUAUCUUCACAGAUGUUGCUAUGAAAAAUGAGCAUAUCAGACGCAGUGCUUUAGCAGAUCUCUUCCUUGACACGCCAUUAUGCAAUGCACACACCACAGGCACAGAUGUUCUAUGGGCUGGUUUGCCAAUUAUCACACUACCUCUGGAGAAAAUGGCAACUAGGGUUGCUGGUUCACUAUGUUUGGCCACUGGAGUUGGGGAAGAGAUGAUUGUUAGCAGUAUGAAAGAAUACGAGGAUAAGGCAGUAUUUUUUGCGGAGAAUCGCCCAAAGCUCCAGGCUCUUACAAAUAAACUGAAGGCAGUUCGUUUGACUUGCCCAUUGUUUGACACAGCACGCUGGGUGAGGAAUCUGGAGCGGGCCUACUUUAAGAUGUGGAACUUGUAUUGCUCGGGUGGACAUCCCCAGCCUUUYAAAGUCAUCGAGAAUGAUGCUGAGUUCCCAUAUGACAAAUAGUUAGGAAAGAACAGAAAACGGCACUGUAGAUAAAAGCAAAGAGAAUAUUAAGUUUCAAGUAUUCAAACAGUCAAAGAUUGUUAGUUGUCAAAUGGUGGUGCUGGAAGUAUACUAUUAGGCGGUAGUGUUGACAGUUGGAAAUUGUUGGUUCAUGUAUUAAACGGUUCAAGGGUUGCCCCGAAUUCAGAUUGUAAUGGUAAGGAGCUGUCUUGGGGAAAAUGGAAUGAAAAGAAAAGGAAUUAAAGAAAAUAUUUGGCUUGCUCUA